GAAUGGGGUAGAAGGCCUGUUGUGGAGGGAAACCACCCAUCCUCCUGCCUCCCACCACCACCAUCAUCCUGGCUGGACAGAGAGGGUGACGGGGCUGGGAAGGGGCAGCUCAUGUUCAGGUUUCCAGGUGGGGCUAUCUGUUUACUGUCUUUGCAGGAAGAAGAAAACACCUGAGUGACCAGAUGUCCCAGCUCCAGGUGCCUUGCCAGAUGGCCAGAACCACACCUCUCGAAGAGUGACAGUACUGUGAAGCAUGGUUUCUGCACACCUGGAAUGACUGGAACCCCAACGAUUCAAGAAGGAGCUAAAGAUCUUGAAGUAGACAUGAAUAAAACAGAAGUUACUCCCAGGCUGUGGACCACCUGUCGAGAUGGAGAAGUCCUUCUGAGGCUAUCCAAACAUGGACCGGGCCAUGAGACCCCGAUGACCAUCCCUGAAUUUUUUCGAGAGUCAGUCAACCGAUUUGGAACUUAUCCAGCCCUUGCAUCCCUGAACGGCAAAAAGUGGGAAGUUCUGAAUUUCAACCAGUACUAUGAGGCUUGUCGGAAGGCUGCAAAAUCCUUGAUCAAGCUGGGCUUGGAGCGUUUCCACGGAGUUGGCAUCCUGGGGUUUAACUCUGCGGAGUGGUUUAUCACUGCUGUUGGCGCCAUCCUAGCCGGGGGUCUCUGUGUUGGUAUUUAUGCCACCAACUCUGCUGAGGCUUGUCAAUAUGUCAUCACUCAUGCCAAAGUGAACAUCUUGCUGGUUGAGAAUGAUCAACAGUUACAGAAAAUCCUUUCGAUUCCACAGAGCAGCCUGGAGCCCCUAAAAGCCAUCAUCCAGUACAGACUGCCAAUGAAGGAGAACAACAACUUGUACUCUUGGGAUGAUUUCAUGGAACUUGGCGGAAGCAUUGCUGACACCCAACUGGAGCAGGUCAUCAAGAGCCAGAAGGCGAAUCAAUGCGCAGUGCUCAUCUACACUUCCGGGACCACAGGCAUGCCCAAGGGAGUGAUGCUCAGUCAUGACAACAUCACGUGGAUGGCAGGAGCAGUGGCAAAGGACUUUAAACUGACAGAAAAGCAUGAGACGGUGGUCAGCUACCUCCCACUCAGCCACAUUGCAGCACAGAUGAUGGACAUCUGGGUACCCAUAAAGAUUGGGGCGCUCACUUACUUUGCUCAAGCAGAUGCUCUCAAGGGCACCUUGGUAAAUACUCUACAGAAGGUAAAACCUACUGUCUUCAUGGGAGUGCCCCAGAUUUGGGAGAAGAUACAUGAGACAGUGAAGAAAAAUAGUGCCAAGUCCACAGGCUUGAAGAAGAAGGUGUUCGUGUGGGCAAGAAACAUUGGCUUCAAGGUCAACUCAAAAAAGAUGCUGGGGAAAUAUAAUACUCCCAUGAGCUACCGCGUGGCUAAGACUCUCGUGUUCAGCAAAGUCAAGACGUCCCUUGGCUUGGAUCACUGUCACUCUUUCAUCAGUGGGGCUGUGCCUCUCAACCAAGAGACUGCCGAGUUCUUUCUAAGCUUGGACAUACCUAUAGGCGAGUUGUAUGGGUUGAGUGAAAGCUCGGGACCCCACACAAUAUCCAACCAGAAUAACUACAGGCUUCUAAGCUGUGGCAAGAUCUUGACUGGGUGCAAGAAUAUGCUGUUCCAGCAGAACAAGGAUGGUAUUGGGGAGAUCUGCCUCUGGGGUAGGCACAUCUUCAUGGGCUACCUGGAAAGUGAGACUGAAACUACAGAGGCCAUCGAUGAUGAAGGCUGGCUACACUCUGGGGAUCUGGGCCAGCUGGACAGUCUGGGAUUCCUCUAUGUCACUGGCCGCAUCAAAGAAAUCCUUAUCACUGUUGGUGGUGAAAACGUGCCCCCCAUUCCCGUUGAGACCUUGGUUAAGAAGAAGAUCCCCAUCAUCAGUAACGCCAUGUUAGUAGGAGAUAAACUGAAGUUUCUGAGCAUGUUGCUGACGCUGAAGUGUGAGAUGAAUCAGAUGAGCGGAGAACCUCUGGACAAGCUGAACUUGGAGGCCAUCAACUUCUGCCGGGGUCUGGGCAGCCAGGCAUCCACCGUGACUGAGAUUGUGAAGCAGCAAGACCCCCUGGUCUACAAGGCCAUCCAGCAAGGCAUCAAUGCCGUGAACCAGGAAGCCAUGAACAAUGCACAGAAGAUUCAAAAGUGGGUUAUCUUGGAGAAGGACUUUUCCAUCUAUGGUGGAGAGCUAGGUCCAAUGAUGAAACUUAAGAGACAUUUUGUAGCCCAGAAAUACAAAAAACAAAUUCAUCACAUGUACCAUGACUGCUUUGAUGGAGCUGCUGUCAGCUAUUCUGAUGCCUUCAGCAGGAAGACCUCAUUGCAAUAAGUGAAAUGCUGCUCUGGGUAGAAGCUCUUCCUGCUGUUUUUAAGGAGUCACAUUCCUCAUUAGUCAGUUUCUUGAUUGCUCGUCUGUUGAAGAGGUGCUCCCUAGAAGAACCUGCCAUACGUUUCAAAGCACUAAAAUCAUCGUAGAUCUUUCUAUGGACCUUCAAGUCAUGACCCCAGGGAAGCCUCACUGGGAAGUCUACCAAGAGCUGCCUGAUUUGGAAGAAAGAUCUGAACUUGUGGGUUCCCAUUUGAUUUUUUUUUUCUCCUCAGGGGACUUAAAGAGACAUUAGAAAGAAAAAGCCUUCACAGAUUUGAAGAACUGGGCCCCCAGAUGAACUCACCUGCCUGGAAGCAACUGGGAAACCCUUCCAAUAAGUUCUGAUAAUAAAGCACUUCAGGGCCCCA